AUGUACGUCGCUGGGGCGGUUUGUAACCGCGUGUUUCUGCCGCAACCCUAUGCCCCGCACAUAAGGUUGUUACAAGUGUCAUUCGGAAUGUUGCUGGUUGUUUUCAUUAAGGACAACGGGGGCUCUACUUUUUGGUAUUGCUCACUAAGCUUAGUUUUCCCUCAUUUUCAUCCUAGAUUAGUCCCUCCAGAUAAAAUAUUACAGGUGGACCACGAGGAUGAAUAAGUAUAUAUUACUACCUAGUGUAUGUCUUCGUCCACGAACAACAUGCUGUUUCUUUACUAGUGGAUGUCUGUGUACUUGAUUGAAGUAAAGAUAGUGCUGCAGUAGAUACAGUCCUGGUUAUAACAAUUCAAUUUUUUGGUCACGAACUAUCCAGAAAAAUAGUGACAAAGUAGAUCUUCCUGCGCCAUAAUUAUGUUGAUAAAUCGAAAGCUUGUUCUCCUGUGGAUGCAGGUAAAACUGUAUAUGGCGGAUCAAAUCCCAUCCCAUCCUAUCCUUCCUCUAAUGGAGUUUCCGAUGAGUUGCAGAUUCUGUUCGAAAUUUUCCGAGAAGUAUCAAGAACAGAGGACUUAGGUGGAACAGGAUCUCCAGGAACUCGAAACCAAAAACUACAACCGAUCCAAAUGGUAACAUUUUUCGUACUGAGCCUGGACCGAGUACCAAGUAUGGUCUAUCUUUGGCGUGCGAUGCAGGAAGUGAGGAGACACUCCGAAGACGAAGAUGACGAACACGAGCAGACAUUACGGCUCAAGAUAUAAUUUUAUUUUCACAGGAGGUCAUUCCGCCCUAGUAUUAAUUUCCUUCUUCGGAUUUUGAGGAGAAAUGUAGGCAGGAAGUGAGUUGCUUUGAGCUCUAAGGAGAGAGGCAAGAAGACCCGGAGGUGGCUUCUUUACAACGCGUGCGCCACGUUACAAUGCCAACAAUGGCAAGAACGAGACGGGAGAUCAACGAAGACGAGAAGAGGUUCAAAAAUUAAGGGGUCCCACAUUGCGUUCUUCAUAACAUGCAUCCCUGAGGACGCAUUUUCUAAGAAGAAAAUGCGUCAGGGAUGUAGAAAGGUGGUCUGAAGAAUGAAAUGUCGUGGAAACGACCUCUAAAAAAAGGUGAAGAUGAUGAUACUCUUACUCACUAUGGAGCAAUUGGGAAUUCUCCUGUCUAGAAUUGUCUGUGGUCUUGUAGCUCUCAGGUGAAAGUUGCUAAGCAAAACCUCCUCCAGGGCACAACAUACAACCUCCUCCAGGGCACAACAUAAAACCUCCUCCAGGGCACAACAUAAAACCUCCUUUAACACAUACAAGUGUACGUGAUUCACGAUCAUACAACAAGUGUAUCCAUACAAGUGUUUCCAUAAAUAUGAUAGUUGCAAACACAGUUCCUUCACGACCCUAAAAGUUGCAUAUGAAGGAUCAUGACAAUUUGUAAUACACCGCUGACAUAAGUGUCAUACAACACUGACAUAAGUGGAACAAUACACCACACGCACAUGAUUCAUUCAUAUCAAUAUCUGUUAUAGAAAUCCUGUCCAAGUCAUCAUCAUUCGUGAACAAGCGUAAGAGACCUGUGAUUUCAGAGACGUGUCGUGAC